AUGCCCGACAUGCGACUUGGUCGCGAUGAUCAAUCGAUCCGAUCGACAGGAUCCCACCAUUCCCUGUCCACGGCGGGUCGAUCAAUUCCCCGUCGACGAACCGUGACUCAAUUGACCCGAUGGGUGUCGAAGCGCAUGUCCCGAUCGUCCAUGCCGGCCUUGGGCCAGUCCAUCGCCAUCGAGCUCACCGAGACCAACAUCAAAGCUCUCGAUGCGACCGUCGAGACCAACACCGAAUCCUCGUCCACCCCUCCAUUCUCCCAUCUGCAGUAUCGUCAUCACCACCAUCACUUACAACACUAUUCACCAACCCAUGAAGAUCCCCCUCUUCACUCCCACCGCGCUGCCUCUCCGCUCCAGACCGAAGAACCUUCCUACCAACCGAUCGAAGGAGUCGUCCAACGACGACAAUCCAAACGCGCCGUUCGUGAUCGAGAACGGGAAAAACGAGUCCGUCGCUCCUAUGCCGAAUUCUGCGAAGAUUUUACCCUCUCCGGGCCCGCCGGUCCGCGAAAGGAAUACGACUUGACCAUGGACAUGAACAUGGACCAGGACCUGAAUCAGGACCAGGACGAUAAUCACAAUCACAACCACAACGACGACUUCAAGAUCCAACCACCCAAACAAUUAUCAUCACCCCCCCCGACCCCAUCCACCCCCAACCCUUCCAACGAGCUGGAUUAUACAACCCCCACCAGCAGAUCCUCACCCAUCCCUCCUCACCCACAAUAUUCGAGCAGCAACAGUAUCAUCCCCGCGAAAGUCCCUACAGCGACGCCCGACAGGACGCCAUCAACGCCGCCAUGUGGACUAAACCGUACGAUUCACAAAGUUUUCGAUCGCAAUCCUCCUCCUCCGCGGCGCGGGUCCUCGUCCCCCGUCGCCGAUCAUUACUCCAACCGUGUAUAA